CCAUCAAUAGUGAGUAACCCAUUUUCUCUGCUGAUUGAUUUGGCCUGUGCUGUUGCUCUUUUACUAUUUUUUAUGCUAUUCCUGGCAGAAAGGUCUUGGCAUUAAACUUAAUGCCGAAUGACAGUUUAGUACUUCCUCUUCCAAGUCUUGCUGACCUUCAGUUUUGUGGCAAAUAAUUUCUAAUUUGUAUAUAAGAAAAUACUCCCAUCAUGUAGCUUUUAAAAAUGAGAUUGAGAGAAAUCACUAGUUUAGCACAAAAAUGUAGAAUAUUUUUAUUCUACUGCUUGAAGUCUCUAUACCAAGGUAAACUUUUGCUUAUGAGAAAAUGGAAGUGCAGUGUGCAAAUAUUUGCAAGUUGCUGAUCUACCUGAUGAAUCAUUAAGCAGUGGUUAGGACUUCAGCUUUCUCAGCAACACAACAAACUAGAAGUAACUUGCUUUCCUUUUUGGAAUAACCUUCAAUUAACUGAGUCCUCACUGAAUUAACCACACACACAAAAAAUUAGUUAGUAAAAGGGCAUUAUCCCAAAUGGAACAAAGUAGCUAACAGGUGUUAGUUGUUACAUGUAUCUUUUCUUGACUCUAGAUCACAUUUCAUACUUCCUAACAAUUCAUGAGGUUCUGUUCUUUUAGGCAGUGCUAUAGCUUUCCUGCUCACAUUCUGUAUUAGUUCUAAUUAUGGUAAGUUCAUUCUGUAGGAGGAAGUAAGAUUUUGAACUAUAUGGAAAUCUUAUGUUACCACUCUUCUUGUCAGAGCUUCCUAAGUCUUAAAAAGCAAAGCAUUCAAAGUUGGAGUGAGACUGUAGACUACACAACUAUUUUCUAAAUUACUUCAUAGUAAGUAAAAUUCUGAUGAUAACAUUGAACAUUUGACACUACUAAGAGUGUAGAAGAAAAAAAAUCUAUACUAUUAACAGUUUUGUUGAACCCCAGGUUGUAUUUUUUUUUACCUUGCACUGUAUAAUGGGAAGCACUAGAGACGCUUAAGCAUGAUUCUUAUUUGUUUAAAUCACUUGGUACUGGUUAGCCGAGGGGAGCAUUUUCAACUGCCCUCAGUCCUUCUCGGUGUCAUGAACUGAGGCAGUGUCUGCACUAAAGUAACACGGUGCAGCUGUCCUACUCAUCCUGGAGAGGGCUACUCGUCGUAUGGUGAUUUAAACACUUUGCAGGACUGCAGCACGAUCACUGACGAAAGAAAAUGCUUUCCUCACGUCCUCAAAUUCGAAUACAAGUCAUCUUGAGCAGCAGCGCACUCAGCAGUGACAUUUCUAGUGAGCUGUGCUCCAGAGCAGCCUGUGUGCUUAUGCUAUCGGCCUAAUCGGCCUAACAGGUGCUUCAGCAUCCGCCACGCGAGGUGGCUUCCCUCCCUCCCUCCCCUCCUGCCCAGCCCCGCGUUUGGCCGUGGCGGGGUCCGGCAGUCCGCCGGCAGGGCCGUGGCCUGCACACGCUCAGCCCGCCGCCCUGGGCAGGACCUCGCGGUGCUUCCAGACGCACAGAGCAUCCCAGCGAGCCGCGGGAUGAGCGGGGAAGGGCGAUGGCCGGAGCUGCCGCCCGCGGGCGGGCAGGUAGCGGUGCUACAGCGGUUGUCCAGGCAGCACUCUGCAAACCUAGGCAAGAACGUGUAGCAAUAAAGAGGAUCAACUUAGAAAAAUGCCAAACUAGUAUGGAUGAAUUACUUAAAGAAAUUCAAGCAAUGAGUCAGUGCAAUCACCCUAAUGUGGUGACCUAUUACACAUCUUUUGUGGUGAAGGAUGAACUGUGGCUGGUUAUGAAGCUAUUAAGUGGGGGUUCAAUGCUUGAUAUAAUAAAGUAUAUUGUCAACAGAGGAGAGCACAAAAAUGGUGUGCUUGAAGAACCCAUUAUAGCAACGAUUCUUAAAGAAGUUUUGGAGGGCUUAGAUUAUCUACACAGGAAUGGGCAAAUUCACAGAGAUUUGAAGGCUGGCAACAUUCUACUGGGUGAGGAUGGCUCUGUACAAAUAGCAGAUUUUGGUGUUAGUGCAUUUUUAGCAACUGGAGGCGAUGUUACUCGUAACAAAGUAAGGAAAACAUUUGUUGGUACUCCCUGUUGGAUGGCCCCUGAAGUAAUGGAGCAGGUGCGAGGUUAUGACUUCAAGGCCGAUAUGUGGAGUUUUGGGAUAACAGCCAUUGAGUUAGCGACUGGAGCAGCACCUUAUCACAAAUACCCUCCUAUGAAAGUGUUAAUGCUAACUCUUCAAAAUGACCCUCCCACUUUAGAGACAGGUGUAGAGGACAAGGAGAUGAUGAAAAAGUAUGGCAAAUCCUUUAGAAAACUAAUCUCAUUAUGCCUUCAAAAAGAUCCUUCCAAAAGGCCCACAGCAGCAGAACUUUUAAAAUGCAAAUUUUUCCAGAAAGCCAAGAAUAGAGAAUACCUGAUUGAAAAACUUCUCACUAGAACACCUAAUAUAGCACAAAGAGCAAAAAAGGUGAGACGAGUGCCAGGUUCCAGUGGUCACCUCCAUAAAACAGAAGAUGGGGACUGGGAAUGGAGUGAUGAUGAAAUGGAUGAGAAGAGUGAGGAAGGCAAAGCUGCUAUUUCUCAGGAAAAGUCACGAAGACUGAAAGAGGAGGGGAACGCAGAGUCUCAGCCUGCUGUUAGUGAGGAAUACAGUGAAGUUCCAUGUGCGGUGAAUCUUGUCUUAAGAUUAAGGAACUCCAGGAAAGAACUUAAUGACAUACGGUUUGAGUUUACUCCAGGCAGAGACACAGCAGAUGGCGUUUCUCAGGAGCUGUUCUCUGCAGGCCUGGUUGAUGGCCACGAUGUAGUUAUAGGAUACUGCGGAGUGGGCUUUGGCAACUCUGAAGUUAGUCUUCUGUUUGGGUUCAUAGAAGAAGGAGCAAGACAGUGUUCAGGACCAAUGGAAAUUCCAUCUAGUGGUGUUACUUCUGUGGUAAAAAAAAAAAAAAAAGAAAAGGUAAUCAGAAAUGUUUUCUGGUGGCUGAAAGAUGCUUCUCUAUUUUUCUAUUCCAGGCUUAGUAAUGUUUUAAUUAGUGAUUAAUUUGGAAGUGCUUAUUUCUCUGCUUCUUAGUCCUUACUUCUGGAUGCUCAAGACCAGCAGAUGUGUAGUCACCAAAAUCAGAGGGGGAUAGUAUAUGCUAGAUGAGGGAGAACUGAACUGAGGAAUACAACCAAGUCCAUUUUUGUGUUGUGGUCAAAAAAGUUCUUAUCAGUAAGUUAAGAUUUCCUUACCAAACUCCUCAGUGGUAUGGAGAGUGUUUUACAGCUCCAGAAGUUCAUUACUUGCCUGGAAGAUUAUCAAAAAUACAUUCUCACUGCUUUUGUAGUUAAACUCCUUCUGAAAGCCAGUAUUUUUGCUUUUUGAUGAUCAGAACACGGAUUAAUUGUAGCUGAUCUAAGACCUAAAAUUCUUAUCUGAUCUUUUACCUUUAUUUCUAAAGAAAAAGUAUUUUAGGGAGGCUUGCAGAUGAUACAAGCUGUAGGCACUCUCAAAGUCACUUCUACUGCAUGGUUAUUUUAAGGGUUCAGGAAGAGGAGUUGCUUGGCCUUGGUUUGUUGUCAUUUAAACAUCCAGUAUGAAAAAUGUCAUUACCAUACUGCUGAUAAUAUUUCUGGCAGAAUUUUCAUUUAGAAAAGACUUUUUUUUUUUCUGGAUAACAAAAGAAUUGUUAUUUGACUGCCUGGGCAGUCAGGUGGCACUCUGAAUCACAGCUGGUGAUGCUGAAGUGCAAGUCCUGCUGGGACCCAGGAGAAAUCUUUUCCCUUCUUCAUUUUCCCUUUGCUGCAAAAUUCUCUUUCUAUGCAAAGUGCCAGUACUUCUGUGAAAAUGGCAGCAUGAAUGGGAUUUGUUAUCAUCUUGCAAAGGGCAUGAUGGGGGAAAGGCAAAUGAAAAUAGAUGUCCCUCGUGAUAAAUUCCCAUCCCACAGUGAUAGCAUUUUGGUCCUUGAAGAAGCACAAAUAUUUAAAUAAGAUUUUCCCUACCAGACUUAGUUAGAGACACUGUCUAGUUAGUGAUAAAAGUUUACUUCCUUGCUUAAUCCUUGUUUUGAAUUGCAUCAGACUUUGAUUUUUAGGAUUAUGAUGGUUCCUUCUGUACUUUCAUG